CACCGCUGGUCGUAGCGGAGGCGCAUAAGCCGUAGAGCGGCAACGGGCCCUGCGUGUGGUUACGGCUUUCAGGCGUGUGUGAUGGUGAUGUGGAGCCAGUGGAGCAGGCUACGCCACGAGUGGAUGCAGUGAAAAUGACGAGAAGAGCCUUCUCGUGAAAAUAACAGCGCGCCCGAAGACAAGGACCUGACCGCUCGUAUUGGGAAAGCGUGAUUUGAGCGACAAAGGUGCCCUGUGCAGUGACAUGUCCUCUGUGUGAGCAGCUCUACUCGUCAUCCAUGAGGCUUAAAAUGAGUCCUAUACUUCAGCAGAACAAUAAUAACAACUACCCAUGCCUGAGUGCUACAGGCCCCGCGCCCCUGCCACACAAGUGCUCCCUCCCUCUGCCCUUCUCCAGUCGCCCUGAGCUGAGCCUCACAGGCCUGCCUCUCAUCAGGGGGCUGCGAGCAUGGGCCCUGUGCUCCAAGAGCCGUCACCGACCAGGGGGGGCCCUGGGACAGGCCCCUCUCAGUCACCCACAGCCUGCAGAUGUGCAUUUGAGUGCAGAGUGGGGGCUUCCCCUGGGGCUAGAUGCCAGGCGGUCCGGUAUAGGAGCUCUGGUGGCCACCCUACAGACCAGUGAGGGCAGCAGCAGGACGCAGACACAGUGCCUAUUCCUCCGCACGGACAGGGGCAGCUGUCUGUACCCCACAGGCAAGCCAACACUCCAUACAACCCUCCAGCACCCCGGGGGUAUGCUCCGAGGUUGGCUACGAAGCAAGACAGGAGGGACUCCAACCAUGCCUGCACACACCGGACCCAACAGGGCCAGAGAGCGGUCAGGUCGAAGGUGGAGGAAGCCUGCCAACCACACAGCAAGUCGAGAAAGGGUGCACUUUAGGCAGCAUCAACAAAACGAGUCCAGAGGGAGAGUGGCCAGAGAGGAACCCAGAGAAGAACUCGGAAAAGAGAGCAAACAUCAGAGCAAGGAUCAGGCCAGAGAUUUGCCCAAAGAAGAACCUAGAGAGGAGCAUAGAGAGGAGCCACAAGAAGAGACCAGAGAUCAGCUAGACGUUUGGUCCAGAGAGGAGACCAAGGAGAAGAAAAAGGUGGAGCACAGAAAGGAGACCAAAGAUCCACCCAGUGAUGAGACCAGAGACCAGCCCAGAAAGGAACUGAGAGAGGAACAGCGAGAAGGACAAGGCAAAAAAAACACAGAGUCCAGGGAUCAGCCCAGAGGAGAGACAGGAGAGGAGACCAAAGAGGAGACCAGCUAUCAGCCUACAGAUGUGUCCCAAGAUUUACCCAUAAAGGUGUUCCAAAUGGAGUCAAAGCACCAGGAGCAUUUGUUACUCAAAAUCACACAUGAAGCAGGAUCUAGAGUCAGCGCACCGAUGGAGGAACUUCAGAGCUGUUCAUGCAAAAGCAGAGAACAGGUCUCAGCUGAUGCACCACACAUUUCAGAUGGAACAGAGGCCUGGGACUCAGAUCUCAUGUGUCGUCUCUGUGGCCCCUCCUUCCCUGGCUGUGUUUUCCCCUCUCCUCCAGCAGGUGGCGGCAACUGCAAAGCAAACACUGAGGAAGCUGAUCCUCUUACGACCAGUCUGAGCACUUUGGGGGACACAGCACAGAGGAGUCCAGGUGAGCUCCGGAGCAGCAACCAGAAAGACAGGACAGGCCAUAGUUCAGAGCCCCAGAAGGAGCAUCCCAGCCUGGACUCACAGGGUGAGCACCUCAUCCUGGACUCACAGGGGGAGGACCUCAGCCUGGACUCACAGGGGGAGCACCCCAGCCUGGACUCACAGGGGGAGGACUUCAGCCUGGACUCACAGGGGGAGCACCCCAGCCUGGACUCACAGGGGGAGGACUUCAGCCUGGACUCACAGGGGGAGCACCCCAGCCUGGACUCACAGGGGGAGCACCCCAGCCUGGACUCACAGGGGGAGGACUUCAGCCUGGACUCACAGGGGGAGCACCCCAGCCUGGACUCACAGGGGGAGCACCCCAGCCUGGACUCACAGGGGGAGGACCCCAGCCUGGACUCACAGAGGGAGCAGCCACUGGAGGACCAGGAGUUUGGGGGAUUCAUACAGGCCCCGUCAGUCUUGAGCCACGAAUGCAUCAGUCCCCCAUGGAGUGGCAGUGGCCUGGGGGGGACAGACAGCAGCUGGGACGAGGUGGACACAGGUUCCUGGGCAGUGUUUCCUCAGAACAGCACAGAGCACAGAGAAGACGAGGGAGGCCAGUGGUGGCCCCUCAGCUCUGGGGAGGACAGGGGCCCCACACCAGGGGCCAGUCACAGCCCGGUGUGUGUCUUUACGGCUGCCUUUCCGUUACCUCCAGCCUGGUCCACCGCUGACUCCCCAGACUCCAGAGUGCCAACUCUCACCCAGCUGCUCAGGGGCCAUGUGGGACCAGAGGAAGGCUCUCCGGAGCGGGGGCUGUUGGACCCGUUUCAUGAUCUCAACAAAAUGAUUGUGCAGAGAUACAAGCAGGUGAGCCGAGUGUCCCAGGAGCUGCUACAGAGGAGCCUGAGCCUGGCCUCUCCAAACACGGAAGUUGGAGGUAGUCCUGGUAAUUGGCACAUCUCUCCUGGCCACACCUCCUCCAAGUCACGCUUCCUAUAAGACAUGCCUCCUCUAACACGCAUCCUCACCUUACCUGGACCCACCCUCUCCUGUUCCAGUCCUGGGACCACAAGCAACCAGCAAGGGGCAGGGCUGAAGCUUGGACCAGCCUGGACACAGAGACACUGGGUGUUUCCCAAUAGCCAGGAUCCUCAGCUUCUAAACGACUUUGUACAACACAGAGCUCGGCCAAAUGAUGUUCCAAUUCCCAAAGCCCUCACGUCCUCUGCGCUUGACUCCUCCGUUUGUCUCUUUUACCAAGGCUGCACAAGUGGAUCCUUGGCAACCUCGGAGCACUUGAAAUUGCCCACAAUGCACUGCAACUUCAUUUUUUUACUGGCUUUAUUUAAGCAGUAAAAUGCAUUUUAAUCAAAUAAAACUCAUUACACAAUAAAAAGGAAGUAAAUAUUUUCUUAUGUUAGCCACAUUGCUGCAGAUAAUACUAUUAUUAGAUCAAAAUAAUUAAA